AUGAGUUCUAGUGGACCAGAAUCCGAGUUUGAGGAAUACUCUGAUGGAGGAGAAUUAGACGGAUUUAUUGAUUAUAGUGAUGAAGAAAAUCAACAAGAAAACCCUCAGCAAGUAGAAUUACAACUCAAUUCCGAUGGUGAAGUUGAAGAAGAAGAGGAAGAUAGGAUAAGAGCAUUAACAACUACUUUGAAACCGAAUGAGACACAAGCUCAGAAAUUAUUAAAAGCACAUAUAUCAGUAUUAGUUUCAGCAUUAGGUGGUCCAGAUCAUACUUCUGAUAUUCAACCACCACCUUAUAAAUUGGGACACGAUGCCCUUGCAUGUCUUAAAGAUAUCAAACGAUGGAUCAAAGCCGUUGAUGAAAAGAAAAAUAAUUAUGAAGUUGCAUUAGCCUGUGCCGAGACUGGACUAGUACCCAAUGAUUUAUUAGUUAUCUUAUGUCAAUGGGAGGACAAGAUGCAAAAGAAACAAGCAAUUGUUAAUAAAACAACCACUGAAAAAACCAUGUUGGCAUGUCUUGAAUUAUUGGUAUUAUUGACUUGGCCCGUUGAAUUUAGUAAAGAAUUAUCAGAAAGUCAGAAAUUACUUUAUUCAAAUAUUAAAAAAGUUCACGUUACUUAUAAGAAACAAAUAUUAACUUAUAACAAUGGUCAGUUAUUGAAAGCAGUUAUUAGAUUGGUCUUACCAACCAUUGCAAAGUCAAGAAUCGAUCGUGAACCUCGUGAUAAUCAAAUAAUGAAAUUAGUAUUAUAUCUUAUCAGAAAUAUAUUAGCCAUUGAGCCUGCAAAUCAAUCUAUUUCAGGCAAAUCUUCAGAUAAAGGUUCAACUGCUUUGGCAUCAGAUUUACCAGUAGGUAUUAGUCUUGAUGAUAUUUCUAUUAGUCAUAUAUUGACUGUUUUUAAAAAGAAUAAAGUACUAAUGCUUUUAUUGACUAUAUCUGGAUCACUUGGUGUUGAAUUUGAUAGAGAGAUGUUUGGUGAAUUGUGUUUGGAAUGUAUUUAUUUAAUGGUGAAAGGAAUGUCUGCGAGUGAUGUUUUGGUUAAAAAAGAAUUUCCGAAAUUAUCAACUCCAUCAACUACAACUAGUACUACCGCUACUGGCACAGAUUUUGUACCCGAUUCAAUUAAUGCAUCUCAGCCACUUCAAUCUGUUACGACUACCCUGGGAUUACAAUUACAAGAUUUGUUGAGUACUGAAUCUAAAAGAAAGAAGAUUCAAACACUGACCAUAUCAUCACGUCAUGGUAGAUUUGGAUCAUUGCUAUCCAUUAGAUCAUCUGAUUCAAACUCUUUUGUUGUCUCUGGUCAAGAAGCUUUAAUAGAUGCAAAUAGCUCGAUGGCCAAGUUGGAUAAAUCUAAAAAAUGGAAAUCAGUUACUUAUUUUAGAUAUGAUUCUGAUGAUUAUGUUAAAACAACCACCCCGGUUUACCUUAAUGUCAUGGGUCAAAGUAUUAUGAAUACAUUUAUUGAACAAUUUUUAUCUGGAGGAUGUUUCAAUAAUUUGAUUGAAUGUAUGGGGUCAAGAUUAACUUCACAAUCUGAUUUGGCCAUGAUUGAUGAAUUAUUUGUUGCAAGUUAUUUCUUCACCAUUGCUUGGUUUUUAAGUUAUCAAAGAGAAAAAAUCGCAUUGAAUCCGGAUGAUCAUGAAUUGAACUAUGGAUCGGUUGGGGCUGCAUUAAGUGAAGUUAACUUUGUGUUGAUUAUUAGUUAUUUUAGAGAUUCAUUCACUCUUAAAAGAUGGAAUUCAUUACAUGUGGCAAUGAUUUGUUUCAGAGAAUUGCUACAGAUUUCAAAUUCUAUAUUUGGUAAGAGGAAGAACAUCAACAGCAAGGAUAUCGAAAAUGAAGAUGACGUGUCACAACAUGAAGUUGACAGGGAAUUGGCUGAGGGUAUUAUUAGAAAAUUGUUUUCAUUUAGAGAUUUCAUGAAUAUUAUCAUUCAAAUACCCCAAACAGCAGCAAAACAUUCACCGGAUUAUCUUCGAGUAUCUGUUUCAGUUGUCCAUAUUCUUCUUAAAGCAUUUGAAAGUUUUGCCAAUGAAGACGUUCAAUUAUACAUCCAAUCUAAAAGAAGACAAAAGAGAAAGAAUCGAUCAAGAAUUAAUAACUUAGAUAAAGCUACGGAAGAUAGAUUGAGAGAUGUAAUUUAUGCAUCAGAUGAAGAAUUAGAUGAAUCAAGUGCUAAGGAAAUAACUCAAGAACGUAAGUUGGAUUUUUCUAAAACUGAAGCAAGAUUCUUUCAUCAGGCUAUUGUUACUACUUAUAUCAAGUAUUUAUCGAGAUUCGAAGAUUUAUCCGACCAAGAAAUCAAAAUUUGUCUUAGUUAUUUUCAUAGGUUGUUUGUGGUUAGAAAAGAUUACACUGGAUUAUAUCGAAUGGAUUUCAUGCAAGUUUUACACAGGUUAAGAAAUUUCCUCCAAAGAGGUAGUUCUAUAAGACUCAGAGUUGAAGAAUUCAUUUAUUAUUUCAUGAAGAAAUUCAAACUUGCAUUGGAAAGAUUCCCAUUACCUAUUGAAGUGUUAUUCCCAAGAUUUGAAGAUCAAGAAACUAGAGUAUAUUUAGCAACAGGUGAGUUAUAUGAAAAGCAAGAGGAAUCUUCAUCAACUCGUGUACCUAGACUUGCUAAGGAGUUGGAAUUUGUUCGUGAAUUCACAUUGGAUGAAAAAAUUAAGAUUCUAGUUAGUCAAUUGCAUAUUCAAGAAAAGCAGAUGUUGUUAAAUUGGUUGAUUUCGGAAUUAGAAAGGAUUAUAAAUGAUAGGAUUUUAGAUUCAGAAGCAAUUAUUGAAUUAAAUGGAACCAAUCAAUUCCGUCGAUUAUUUAUUAAUAAUGGAUAUUUAAGAUUAUUGUUGAAACUAAUAGGGUUUGAUUUGCCUUUCACAAUGGAAGAAAAUCCAGAACUACCAACCAGUGUUGAAAUUGGAUAUUUGACUAAAAUAGCCGAUUUGAUUAAGAAAUGGAAUUCAGGUCAACCAGUGAUAUUCGAAGAUGAUAAAUCACCUUCAUUUUUCUUACGUACUAGAGAGUCAGGCUACGAUGAAGAUGACUAUGAUGAUGUUGAAUACGAUGGGAAAUAUAAUCCAGAUGAUGAAUCAAUUGCAUUUGAAACACAAGCUAAUCCAAACUCCACCAAUUUUGCCGUAUCUCAAUUGGACCAAUUAGAUGAAUUGGAGAGACAAUUAAUGUUGCUGCAAAGGAACAAAGAGCAUCGCUCGGAUCCUGAUCAUGUUCGAGGUAAAGCAAGAAGGAAGAAAAAGAAGAGACCAGAUGAUAACUCACAAAAGAAGAGUAAAUCUAAAACUAGUCAUAAAGAUCCAAAUCAUAUUAGACGUAGAAGAAUUCCAAAGGACUUACUAGAUGAUGACUUGCACGUAAUUAAAUCAGCUGAAUUCAUCAAUGAAUCCGAUGAUGAAUCUGAUGACGAAAAAGACAAAGAGUUUUUUGAAAGAGAAGAACGUAUGAGAAAAUUAGUUGAUGAUAUUGGAGGUAUUGCUACUCCGGCUCAAUUGCUUGAAAUUCAAAAACUUUGGAAGAAUUUGGAAAUAAAAGGUGGUGAUAAAACUGCUGUUUCUGUUGCCAAAGCAGUUAAGGAAGUUGGAUUGUUUGUUGCUGAGAGUGAUAACGAAGAUGGACCACAGGAAGAAACUCAUAUCAAUACACCAGAACAAAGCCAGGUGUCACUUCCAUCAUUAUCCCCAAUUCCACAAGAGGUGGUUGAUGCUGACGCAGAAGAAGAAGAAGAAGGACAAAUUUCAAGUCAUACAUCAGAUACUUCUGAUGUUGAAUUGGAAGUAGAACUGUCCAAGAGAAAGCUAGAUGACGAUGUUGAAGAAACGCUUACCGUGCAAACCACGAAAAGAAAGAGAAUGAUUAUUACCGAUGAUGAAGACGACGAGUAA